GUGAUAACGGUGCUUCUACGAAGGAAACGAAGGUAAAAAUGGAUUUAGGAUGGAAAAUGCAGAGAAAGCAUAUGCCACACAAGUCCGAUUCCAAGAAGAAUUUAAUAACACCAUGUUUUGACGUGGAUACAACUCGUCGUGCUGGCAUCCUAUGUGGCCAUUCGCCACGCGUUUUGGAAGCCGUUAAACGCAUGUUCGAAGUAGGAAAAGCGUGGCGAAUCGAAAUAUUUCGCAUGCCCGCAAGCGCCAAGCACACAUAAGAUGAUAACCAAUCAACACCCUCCACGUGUACAUAAAGUUAAUCGAAAGGAAAACCAUGACUGCCGGCUCCUUUUCCUUGAUAAUAUAGAAUUGUAGUAACUUGUAAACCAAUACCGCUAUAUAAAUUACAAUUUAUUCUUAAUCCAACCGCAAAAUAAGCUCCCCGCCGCGUGAGGCUGAAAGAUUACACAAUUUUCAGCGUUUGUCUGUAUUUUGAGAGUUUGCUUGCAAGGAAAUAUUUAGCGAGACAGGGAAGAUGGAUGCAAGCGGUGUCGUUUUGAGGCAACCGCUUCGUUUCUCAUCGGAAAAAUCGACUUCCUUUUUCGCGGCGCCAAGGAUUCGCGCGAGCGGGAUCUUAUCAUCCGGAUUUUGUGAUCAAAGCCACGUAAAGUAUUAUAGUUUUAAUUCCGCACCUCCAUCUUGUGCUGGGGUGAAAUUGCGUGCAAUCGGGAGAAAGAAUCACGAGAUAAUAAUUACAGAAGAUAAGGCGGCCAAGAAGAUGAAGAAAAAGCAGUUGAAACUGCUUAAGGGGCUUUCCAGAGAUUUAUCCACUCUCACUCAGAUAGGUUUCGGAUUGGAUUCAGAUGGCGCUUUGAUUGAUCAAGUCAAAGGAAAUAUAAUCUCGGAAGCAUCCCAGCUUUUACUACAACAGUUUGAGAAGCUAAAAGCAGAACAAAAAGAGCUGAAGAGGAAAAAGAAAGAAGAAAAGGCAAGAUUGAAAGGCCUCCGCAUUAGCCAUGAAAUGUAUUCUUCUUCCUCCUCAUCUGAAUCUGAGUGCAACAGUGACCGUGGAGAAAUAAUGGACAUGAGAAGCAGCCUCAGCCAUUCAGAGUCCGUACAAAAUGCAGUACAAGACCCAAUUCCUGUUUUGCAGGCCAUGGCCACAUCAUCAUCAGAAUCGAAAACCUUGGACCAAAGUAAUGAAGGCCAAAAACACCUAAUCAAGGUGUGUAUGGGUGGAAAAUGUAAGAAAUCAGGGGCAGGGGCAUUAUUGGAAGAGUUUCAGAGAGUUGUUGGUGUGCAAGGUGAAGUCUUCGGGUGCAAGUGUAUGGGAAAGUGUCGAGAUGGGCCUAACGUGAAGGUUAUUUCGAGUGGAGUUUUUGUGGAUAAGUUGGCCAAGGAGGAUUCAUUGUGCAAAGGUGUUUGUUUAGACGAUGUUAAUGUCAUUGUUGGGAAAUUGCUCCCUGAAAAUUGUGGUGAUCAACAUGGACUUGGUAUUGUCGGUGCGUGUUAGCUGCUGUGGUUGAUUGUUUUCUUGAAAUGGAACGAGUAAAACUGUGUAUACAACUUAACUUUCAUGAAUGUCAAAUUGUGUGUAUCUUCUCUAAAACUAUACUGCUUAUAAUGUUUCCAUAGAAUGAUAGAAAAUAAUACAUGGAGAAAAUACAAAUUUAAAAUGGAAAAUAAAACACUUAAUUUUUCUUAUUUUUAAUGUUUUUCAACAGUGAUAUCUUUUUGGGAGUUGAUUUUUUCUUCAAAUACAUCUUCUUCCUCAUGAUGCUAAUGGUGAUAUCAUCAUCAUCACUUGAAAAACAAUGUCAUCAUCUUCUUUGAUAGAACUCUUUCUCAAUCUUUUUCCUUUAUUUGCAUCAAUUUUGGAAGUCGAAUCAGAAUUUGAGAAAGUAGCAACGUGGAUGGGAUUUCCACUGUUAAUUUGUGAGUUUGUGAGUGACGAGUCUUCUUUUUUUCUCGUCUUGUUGAGCUCUUUCAAUUGCAUCAGCUACUAAGUUGAGACUUCCUUCCAUUUUGUUAUUUUUUACCGUAGUUAAGAAGCGGAAUAGAGUUGGUGAUUGCAAACUCAGUCCUCUAUAGUAAGUUGACUCAUUUUCUCCCUAAAUAUGCA